AUGCCCAGCUUACCUUCUUCCGUCGACCUCGACGAGUGCAUCUCGCGGCUCUACAAGAAGGAACUCCUCGCGGAGUCGGUCAUCGAGGCGAUAUGCGCCAAGACCAAGGAGCUGCUCAUGCGAGAGAGCAACGUGGUGCAUGUCAAAGCACCCGUCACCGUCGUCGGCGAUAUUCACGGCCAGUUCUUCGACCUGAUUGAGAUUUUCAGGAUAGGGGGGUACUGCCCGGAUACAAACUACCUCUUCUUGGGCGAUUACGUCGACCGCGGCAUGUUUAGCGUCGAGACCAUCUCCCUCCUUGUGUGUUUGAAGCUACGAUACCCCGAACGCGUGCAUUUGAUCCGCGGAAACCACGAGUCCCGCGGCGUGACCCAGUCGUACGGGUUCUACACAGAGUGCUCCCGCAAGUACGGCAACGCCAACGUCUGGCACUAUUUUACCGACAUGUUUGACUUUCUCACGCUAAGCGUCGUCAUCGACAACCAAAUAUUCUGCGUUCACGGCGGGCUAUCCCCGUCAAUACACUCUAUCGACCAGAUUAAAAUUAUCGAUCGGUUCCGAGAGAUUCCCCACGAGGGCCCCAUGGCUGAUCUCGUCUGGUCCGACCCCGACCCCGAGCGAGACGAGUUUUCAUUAUCGCCGCGAGGGGCGGGAUACACGUUUGGCGCCCAGGUAGUCAAGAAGUUCCUGGCUGUCAACAACAUGUCACACAUCCUGCGCGCCCACCAGCUCUGCCAGGAGGGCUUCCAGGUGCUCUACGACGACCGGCUGAGCACGGUCUGGAGCGCGCCUAAUUACUGCUACCGGUGUGGCAACAUGGCCAGCGUCCUCGAGGUCAGCGACGGCGGAGAGCGCUUCUUCAACGUCUUCGCCGCCGCACCGGAAAACGACCUGCAUAAGGACCAGCAGCCCGGGAACGAGAAGGCGGCAGACGGAAACGCCUUGCCCGACUACUUCCUAUAG